AAAGUACUCGGUAGUCCUACCCUUUUGUUUCCGUAAAGGACAUCACUUUUCAGCCGACCAAACCAAGAAGAAGCAAUGCAACUGUCACUGGUUCAAGCAGCUUCGGUGUCCUACUUAAGAUCCCACUCAACGGUUCUUACUCUCUUCAAGCCUUCCUCUGGUUUACUUCUUAAAAAGUCAAUCUUUCCUGAUUCCAAGUUAACAACUUUCCAACGGAUCUUUCGUUCCACGAAGAAAACAUCAAAUGGGUUUACUCGUGCUUCCUUGCUUGAGAGCCCUGUCUUGUGGGCUGGUCGAGUUUGUGUCUUUUACGCGCUCGUCAAAGCUGGUCUAGCUGGAUCCAAGUCUAACCCCUUCGUUUCUGGGUUGGAUAGUGGUGGUGUUGAUGUUGAAGAUGAUGGUGCGGAUCUUGGUUUCUCUAAGUGGAUUCAGAACAUUAAGGGCAAACCAGACAAGGAUGCAGCUGAUAAGAGGAAGCCGGUGAGCAAAUGGCACCCAACGACAAAGGGAACACUUAGAAGGAACUACAGAGUACCUUCCAAAGGCGAAGGAAACCGUUUGCUCAAAGCCAUUGCAUCUCUUCUCUCAGAUGAUGACCACUUCAGGGAUGCAACAUCUCACAAGGGUUGUCAAAUACGGAGGGAGAGUGCGCACGGUCAAAGCGUAUGUUGCAACAACGUGAGAGCUCUGUUUGAUGAGUUACCGACGCCACAUUUGGUGGUUGAGAUCACACCUUUUCCAGCCGGUCCACUUACAGAGAAUGAUUACCUUAAGGCCGAGAAGCUGGAAAAGGUUCUUAAGUCAGGUCCCAAUAUUUGAACCCAUCUGGCACUCAAGAGUGUGGGUUCCACUAUGUGUCUAAUUGCAAAACCUGUACAUACUCACCAUCUUUUGACGCUAUCAAACUGUUAGCUUCUCGUCAAGCAUAUAUAACUAUCAUUAUCAUGAUUAAAGAUCAUUUUAAGGUACAUACAAGUUUC